GUAAGAAGCGGAAUGAAUUUGUUCAAAUUCCGGAUAAGUAAACUCGGAAUCGGUAAGCCGAAACGCCCGAUGUACCUCUGUGUUCCUGGAUGUGAAACAAGAUUCGAAUGAUCCAGCGAGGGACUUUAUUUCCUCUUCUGCUUCCAUUCCUUGCUUGAGCCUCACCACCGUCGAACGGUCAAACGUCUUCUCAACCCCAACACACUCUUUAACACAAUAUCUUCAUAUGCCAAUAGCGCAUAUAACAUGCCCAAUUUCUUUGUCUGGUUGCGUUAUAUUGUUUUCGCUACAUCCGUCACCUGCAGCGCUGUGAUUGCCAGUGUAUCGGUGUGGAAUCUGGGUUUUGCUCAAUCGUCCUCUAAACCUCUGGAUCAAGUUAUCCAAGUAGACAGCUUUGGGAUCUUCGUAGGGGCAUUCUCGCUUGUAGGAGUAUUUACGAUCAUCUUUGCUGAAGUAGGUCGUACAAAUGUUUUCACGACUCGGAUAUGGUUCGAUUGCCUUUGGUCUGGGCUCUUUUUCUUGCUGAACAUCAGUGCCGCAUCCGUGAUAACUGCUCUUCUACCGUCCCAAAUGUGUAAAAACACGCAUAAACUCCCCAGCGAGGCUUGCACGUCGACUAAGGUACUUCAAGGCUUUACUUGGCUUAUCACCACUUUGUUAUUCGCCUACUUUCUCACCAUCUUCAUAACUGUCUUCGUCUAUUCCGGAAGCGAUCCUACGUUAUGGCGAUAUAGCAUCUACGACCUAUCCACCUAUGAUCGUAGUAACAACAGCACCAGGCUACGGUCGCCGCCUUCCUCUCCUAUGCCCCGCAUGUCGUCCCUUAAACGAUUCGUCAAGCCACCGUCUAUUCCGUCUAUAGCCGCACCACGGCCGCAAAGACCUAUCAAUAACACUGUGGCAGCUAUAAUGCCCUAUGCCUAUCGUUCUGGACUAAGUCCGGAUUAUCAGAUAGAACAUUUCCAAUUUCCUGCCAGGUCGGCUCGACAAUCGCAGCAGGAGUCAAACCUACAGCGUAUGCCGACUGCUGCAGGUGCAGGACCAAGAAACUUGUACCCAGACUACUUGCGUUCAUCUCUACCACCAGAUCCACAACGCUCGUCUACUUUCUCCACAAACCGAUCCUCCGCUGUUCCCGGCGAUGGCCCUUCUCCGUACCCACAGGGAUCAUCACCACCGCCUCUAGGGGAUUGGCCGCGCCCUGAUAUCAUGACACAAGCAUCAAGACGCUCACACCGGAUAACUCCCAAGACGAUUCCGACUUCUGUAACACUUGAUAUUGAAGCAAUCCCGGAUGUGUCAAAUAACUCGCGUUCGAAGCCUUCUGGACCCCGCAUCCGUUCUGGCUCAAUCUCGAUAGGGAACAGCAUGAGUGCCAGCCGUCCACCUCCUUUAGAUCUGUCCGAUAUCAGUGCUCUGAGGCCAAAUCGGUGAUGGGUAAGGGAUAUGGUAGGCGCAGGCGCGAUGGUUUUUUUUUGGGGAUGUUGUGUAGUUUGUAUGUAUAUGAGGGAUAUGUUAGGUUGGUAGUAUCUCACACUUUGUAUCUGUAAUAAUUGGGCAAAACUUGUUGGGAACUUGUUGGAAAUUGCAUGUAGUGACUGUCAA